AUGUCUACUAGCACAGAUAACCUAUCUAUCCUUGGCCUUGCCGAGGAUAUCUUGGAGCAAAGCAAGGCGAUCACGAAAUAUCUCCAAGCCAAUAAUCAUGCGGCGCCAACAUAUUCAACCAAAUCAGGCGAUCCUCCCACGACGCGAGAUUACUCCAAGCUCCAGGGCAGCCUCAGGACUGCUCUCGAAGACUUACAACGGCUUAUCGAUGGUCCCAAGAAGUUCUAUCGGCACUUUUUGAUGCGAGGUUAUGAGCUGGCCGCUUUCCAGGUCGCCUUGGAUUUCAACUUCUUCACUCUGAUACCAGCGGAGGGCAGCAUUACGGUGGAGGAUCUGGCCAAGCAGGCUGGCUUGGACCAGGAUAGAACUGGCAGGAUCAUUCGCAUGUUGAUCACCCACCGCAUAUUUCAGGAGCGCAGUCCAGGGGUCGUCUGCCAUAACGCGUACUCUGUUGCCCUCCAAGAUGAAGAAUUGCGAUCCAUGGUGCAUUACUCUUUCGAUGAGAUGAUAAAGGCUGCUAUUGAGUCCAGCAAUUCACUGAGAGCGGACCCUUACAGAUCAGACAGUAUACACUGCCCGUUCCAUACUCGCCAUGGAGUUCCCAUAUUUGAGUACUAUUCAAAGCAUCCCGAGUACGCUGGCCGUUUCGCCAAAGCCAUGGCUGGGUGGCGUAGAAUGGAGGACAGUGUUACAGAACUCAAGAGCUACUUCCCAUGGACCGAAAUCAGCGGCAGCGUGAUCGAUAUCGGCGGCGGAAGUGGUCACAUCUCUAUUAUACUGGCCCGACUAUACCCUCACCUCAAAUUCAUCGUGCAAGAUGAGACGGAUGAUAUGCUGAACCAAGGCCAGAAGCUGCUGACCGAUGAUGUUCGCGACCGUAUUUCGUUUCAGAAGGCGAGCUUCUUCGAACCUCAACCCGUCAAAGGUGCUGCCGCCUACCUCAUCCGCCAGUGUACCCAUAACUGGGCCGACCACGAUGUAGUGAGAAUGUUCAGGGCAGUAGUGCCUGGCCUGGAAGGUUCAGCACCUGGCACACCUCUCCUGAUCAACGACAUCGUCUUGCCAGAGCCUGGGACCCUGCCGCUGAACUGGGAGCGCGAGAUGCGCCAGGCGGACAUGGUAAUGCUGGUGAGCUUUGGUGCCAAGCAACGCACCAAGAAGGAAUUUGAAGCGUUGCUGAAAGAGGCUGACCCUCGAUAUGGAAUUCGAAAAAUAAGCGAUGAGGGUGCGCUUGGUCUCAUUGAAGUCGUGCUACAGAAGUGA